AUGCAAUUACGUCACUUGCGCAUUGAAGUGCCAGCCACAGACAUUUUCAAUGGAUCCAGUCGAUAUCUAGUAGCUCUUCUAGCCACGUCGGAUGAAUCCAAUGUCAAAGAUACUGCACUCUUUGAUGAGAUGACCGUAUAUCUCCACGGAUUCCCAGAUAUGAGUGUCCAUCCUACUAGAGUGGACUUUGCUUCUCGAAUGCCUGCAAAACUCGCUGACUUUUUCAUGAACCAGCGACUGGAGAAGAAGAAGCGAGCGUUCUUGACCUUCAAUUUUGGUGGCAUUCCAGGAUCGGAUGAUGAACUUCGGUUCACGGACAAAACCAUCUCUCAAGAGGUCCAAGAUACGGUCGCAGUAUGUCACUACAUCCGUUCUCAUCUUUUAGGUCCAGUAAACGGAAGAUUGCACGUUGUUGGCCUCUCCACUGGAGCUAUCUUGGGUGCUUUACUACGUGACAAACAAGUAGCCGAUACCAUUACGGUAAUUGCUGGCUUACUGGACUUGACAAAAGGCGUUCACUUUGACUUCAAUCAGUUGCAACUGGAACAAUGUUCGUCUCAAGGCUGGUGCUGGAAAGAAUUCUACUUGGAAGAAGGCUGUCCAUUGCCCAAGAAUGUUGAGAUUAGUCUCGAUGGUGUCCAUUCCACGACCGAACGGAUUAAUGAUACGACGGCACCUUCAAAGGUCUUUGUACGUCUAGAAGAACGAUACAUCCAAGAAUACUACGAUGGUUCGCUCGAUAUCGUCCAAGCUGUGUCACAACCCGGGUUACCACCAUUACUAGUGAUUCAUGGCGAUGCCGAUCAGGACGUACCAUUUGAAAAUGGCAAAGAACUCUUUCAAGCUGCAGCCGAGCCAAAGACGUUUCUAGCAAUUGCAAACGCCAACCACUUGCUUUCAAAUUCCAAGCAUUUGAAAAAAGCAUGUUAUGCAAUUAGAAAACACAUGACAGUCAUGGAAUGCUAA